AUGGAUAAAUAUUUUUUGAUGGAAGUUAAACCUGAAAAGAUUCUCUUGUUUGGAACAAAAUAUUGGCACAAACAAUCAAAAGACAGCCAAUCUAUUUACACAGAUGAAGUAAGAGAAUUUAUUGGAAAAACAUCUUGGAAUUCAUGA